AUGAUUUAUAUGAUGAAUGGUCAAUUUAUCGCUAAUGCUCAUAUCACAUCACCAUCGAAUCGUAUUCGUGAAAAGAUAAAUAAAUCAAAUAAUAAUAAUCAGCCUUUAUCAUCGAGAAAACCAUCAUCAUCAUCAUCUGCUGCGCGGAUGGAUUUUGCCAUCAAAUCGGCUCAUGGUUCACGAAAUGGUAUCGGUAUUGGUGGCGGUGGCCUUAUCCAAUCAGUUUAUAAUGAAUUUCAAAAUUCGGAUGGUGGUGGUAUAAAAUCUUUUGGUAUUUCAUCGAAAAAAGUAACGGGAAAUUCGAGAAAAAAUGAUUUUCAUGGUGAUCGAAAAAUUGAUCAAAAAACAUUGAAUAAAAUCAAAGAAAUUAUCAAUGCCGCUGUGAAAACACGAUUCUCAAUGGAAACAAAAGAAGCUGAUUUUGAUGAAGAUGAUUAUGAUCAAACACCACAAGUGAUUGAAAUUGGUGGUUCGGAACUACCGUUGGAAAUUCAUUUUAAAUCGUCAUCAAGCAGAAUAAAUAUUAAACAGAGUCAUGAAACUGAUGAAGGCCAGACUAUUGGACCGAUGAAAACAAAUUCCAAACCAAUGAGAAUCAUACAUGAGAAUUAUAAACCAGUUAUUGCUGAAAUUCGUGAAAUAAUUACACCGUAUCGAAAAGUAUUUCAAGAAAUACAGCCUGUUAUGGAAGAAAUUCAUACAGUAGUUACGCAAGGUAAAAAACGAAAAAAAAUAAAACCUGGACAUAGAAUCAAUGAUGGUGGUGGAACGAAAGGAGGCAGCGGAUCAUCAUCAAACGCUGGUGGUGGACUAAAAGGUGGAAGUGGUGGUAGACAAAAACAACAAAGACCAUCAUCAUCAUCAUUGGAAGAGAAUAUUCGACAAGUUUUAGAACGAAUGAAUGAACGAUCAAUUCAAAAAGAACAAUUCGAACAACAAACGGUGGAAGAUAAUUUGGAACAACAACAACAACAACAACAGCUGGAGCAAAACGAUGAAUUUGAACAGCAGCAACAAGUGGAAAAUGAUAGGUUUUCCGAAUCGCCAGAAUCGCAGCAGCAGCAACAACAACAACAACAACAGGUUGAAAUAGAUGACAAUGAUGAUGAAGAUUCGAUUUAUAAAGUUCGUCAACAAUCAUCUUCAAGAAAUAAUGCUGUAGGUAGCCGUAAAGGUUAUGAUCGACGAAAGAAACGAUUAGUUUAA